ACCAAACAACACUUUACCUCCGAGAACCACUACAAGACUGAUCGGUUCAAACAAAUUACAGAGCCAACGAAAGCUACCGACUAGGAAUCAAUGAAAGAGAAGGACGUCGAUCAUUCAUGGAACUCUGAAACCAGCUGGAUAGUCGUUGGUGGCUCUCUCACAAGUUCCGUUACUUUCGAGUCUUCUUCUAUUCCGGUCUCCGAUGACGACAACGAUCAAGCCAUCGUCGAUUGGACUUCCCAGUCUCCCCCUCUUAUCCUGUGCCCUCCCUUGACUGAUCCAAAUCCCUGCGAGAUCACUAUUAUUUUUGCAAAGAAACAUGAGGUCGGACAGGUUUAUGUUCGGAGUACUGCUCGUGUUUACGAGAUUUACUAUACACCUGAAGUGGGGAGUAGCAGUGAAUAUCUAUGUACAGUUCACUGUGGCAUUACUGCCAGAGACGACCAGGUGCUUCAAACUACUGAUACUGAAGGAACUGUUGUUACAAAUGUGAAGGGGGUUUGUAAAGAAGCGGAUAGCAAGAAAAUGAAAAUAGACACUAAUUUGAGCACCAAUGAAGAUGACUGGGUUGAAGUGAAAGUCCCCAGUACCUCCUUGAUUGACAAUGGAAGUAAUUUUCUGCCUUCGAAUAUCGCCACAAACCCAGGGAAAAUCUCUCAGGAUUAUUAUGAGGCUACAGCGGAGAUAACUGAUGCUAAUCCAUGCAUGUCCCUUACAGUUCGGCUGCUUUCUCUCCAAAAUAAAGGCUUCAUAUGUGUUGACGAAGUCUAUGUAUUUGCUGAUCUUGCCGAUCCAGCUGAUGUGGAAAGUCAAACAGGUUCAUUGGACAACUCAGCUGGAAGUUCGCUUAUGGCCUUGCUUGUGCCUACUUUUUUGCAGUUAUCUAAAUCAACAGGUGUUGGUCAACAAGAAAAGAGAGACACUUUUGGUACAUGGGAAAGACAAAUCCCUGAGGAAAUUGGGUCGAAAGCUAUUAAUGCAAUGAAUGCCUUGAGCAAGGUCUCACACAAAGAAUCUCCUGAUGUAGUCGAUCAUCAAACGAUGAAGUUUCCAGAUAUGAAUUCUGCUGGACCAACCAAUUCUGUGAAAACCCCACAAGUUUCAGAUGCAGAAUCCAGGCCUGAUGUACCAGAUAGGCGUGCAGAAGAAGUCCUUGAACAUCUUGUUUCUCGAGUGAGCAGGGUAGAAGACCUUUUAUUGAGGUUUGAAGAAAACAUGCUAAAGCCCAUAAACAACAUUGAAGUGAGGCUCCUGCGGGUAGAGCAGCAACUUGAACUACUAUAUAAGAAAACCCAAAGCUCUGGGGUUCAAAAUUGCACAAGAUUUGCUGCUCCUGAUUUUUCAUGCUGUGAAUCAGACCACAACUCAUUUUAUAUUGAUGGCAGUGAUCAUUUAAAAACAUGUGAACUUGGUAGAAAGGAUUUAGCUUCAAAUGCGUUACCAGGUUCUCCUGAUGAUGAUCAAGCAUGUUCUGUCAACACUGCCCAGUUGCACCCUUGUUUUGUAGUUACUGCCCCUGAGUUUUCCAGUGAUGAUUGUGAUGAAGAAAAUGAUGCUGUAGAUCUGGUGAUGGGGUCUACCAAGAUUAAAAGCAAGCAUGCCAUGUCUAUUGAUGAUAAUUUGGCAGCACUAGAUGGAUUAUCAUCUUUAACAUCAAUGCAUCUGCAGAAAUAUUUACAAACUCCCGAGAUUAAAGCUCCUGAAUUUCCAAAUGAGGAAGGAAAGAAUGAUACCAAAGCCGCUUCGCCAAGAGUUCAUUCUGAAAUGCGGACAGAUCCUUUGAUUGAGGGAACUGAGUGCAUUAAAACUUCAGUUUCAUCAAUAUGCAACACUCUCUCAUUAGAAGCUGAAGAGAAUGGGAAAGGCACUCACCAUGGUGACAACUUUGAGAGAAUUCAUGAAGGAUUUAACAGACAAUGCCAUCGUAGUGAUAGAGAAGAGGGUGCUUUCCAUGGCAUUACUGUUGACUAUACAGCUGCUUUGCCGCCUCAGAAUGAGAAUUGUGAUGCAAAAGAUAUCAUGAAAUCUGGAGAAGUUGGUUAUAAAAGAAGCUCUCACGGUGAUGACAACUUUGAGAAAACUCAUGGAGAAGUUGACGGACAAUGCCGUCAGAAUGGUAGAGGAUAUGUUCCUUUCCACGCCAAAACUUUUGACUACGCGGUUGCUUCGAGCACGAGGAAUGAUACUUGUGAUGCAGAAGAUGGUGUAAAAACUGGAGUAGUUGGCCAUAGACUAAGCUCCCAUGGCAAUGAUAACUUGGAGAAUGGUGAUAGAGGAUUUGACAUACUAUGCCAUCAUAAUUAUCGAGAGGCUCCUUGCCUUGCCACACCUGUUGACUCUGCAGUUACUUUCAUGCCUCAUAGCGAGUCUUGUGAUAUGAAAGAAGGCACAAAAACGGGAGAAGUUGGCCAUGAAACAGGCUCUCACGGUGAUGAUAACUUUGAGGGAACACAUGGAGUAUUUGACAGAAAAUACCAACUUAACGAUAAAGAAGAUGUUCCUUUCCAUGCUACUACUAUUGACUGCGUGGUUAGUUCAAUGCAUAGGAAUGAGAUGUGUGAUAUGAGAGAUGGCAUAGAAACAGGAGAAGUCAGCCAUAACAAUAACAGUGUUUUGAAAGCUGAUAGCUUGGGCCAGUUCACCGGAAAUUGGAUUGAUGCGGACUCUGAUAUCACCCAUGAAGCAGCUGUUGUAAGGCCUGCAUUUGCUGAUACUACUCACAAAGUUUCAGAAGAAGGGUCUAACGAGCAUGUUCUCCAGGAUGUUCUAGAAUUCCCACGUCCUACUUCCUCACUGAAUUUUGAACUUCCAAUUCUAGAUGUCAGAUUCAUUUCUGAGGAACAUGGCAAUAACAAGUCUUCCCUAGAAGCUCUUUUAGCAGUGUCACUGGGUUUGCAAGUUCAAUCUCCUUCUAUUGUGGAAAUUUUUGACGGCCCUCAAAUUGCUGAUAAAGGUGAUGACCUGAUUUCAUUGGAUGAUGUGGAUCAGUCCAUUCCUAUAGCUGGUGGCGAACUUGCAGCAGUAGAUAUGGACUAUUGCACUUUAACUGGUAUGCAUGUCAAAGUGGAAGAUGCAAGACCGAAGGAUUAUAACGGGCGCUCGAACCUCGACCGGGAAACGUACGCUGCAAGUCUCAUAUAGUAAGUUCUGACUGCAUUGAUGCAAGACCGUACAUAAUUUAGCUUGGACAAAGGAUACCAAUCUCUAGUUUGCCCCCUUCAAUGUCUUUACUGCGCUGCAUAAUGGCGGUUGUUCUUAUGUACAUAAUGGCCCUAGUUGAUUUGCUGUUUAAUGUCUAAAAUCCUAUUUGUGUCUUUAUUUUUUGCAUUAAGGAGGGGAAAUCUUUAUUUGAAAUUUUUUGCAUUUGGACUUGUACAAUAGUGGAAAUGUGGAAUUGUGGGCUGAAA